CUUUUUCUUUUUGUUGCUUUUCAAGACAGGGUUCCUCUGUGUAGCCCUGGCUGUCUUGGAACUCACUUACUCUGUGGAGCAGACUGGCACCAACUUACAGGGAUGCACCAGUCUGUGCCUCCUGAGUGUUGGGAUUAAAGGAAUGUGCUACCACCCCUGGCUGAAGCAGGGGGAUUUCUAAUUGGAAGACACCCUGGACUACAAUGGCUAUCCUGAGAUAUCUCAAAAGACAAACAUUCUACCCAACAAAACCAACCUUCAAUCACCAACAAAUGUAUGAAACAGUGCCCAACCACAGUGGUUAUUGAGGCGUUAGAAAUCAAAUCAGGAGACCAAAACCAAACACUCACGCAAUGGGAAGGGAAUUCGUACAUGUUGUUGAAGGGGAUGUGACUAGCACCGCCAUUACAGAAAACCCUUUGUAGAGUCCUCACAAAACACAAGGAUAGGAUCUAUAAAAGAUCUAGCAACUCUACAAUUGGUUGUAUUUCUGAAGGUGGACGAUUAUACCAGAGAUAUACAGCCAGCCUACUCAUCUGCUAUAAUGUAGAGGGAACUGGAGGUCACACCAAGUGAAGUAAGUCAGACAGCAAAAGAAAUAACAUGUUUGUUAAUCCUCUGCAGAAACUGAAAAGUUUAAUUUUGCUAAAGAGCAGAGUGAGUGGUGGUCACCUGAGGCUGGGUGGUGGUCACCUGAGGCUGGGUGGUGGUCACCUGAGGCUGGGUGGUGGUCACCUGAGUCUGGGUGGUGGUCACCUGAGGCUGGGUGGUCACCUGAGGCUGGGUGGUGGUCAUCCGAGGCUGGGUGGUGGUCACCCGAGGCUGGGUGGUGGUCACCCGAGGCUGGGUGGUCACCCGAGGCUGGGUGGUCACCCGAGGCUGGGUGGUCACCUGAGGCUGGGUGGAGGAAAAGGAGUAGAAAACAGUUCAGUAAGAUUCACAAACACAGAGAAUUGCUUCUAGUUUAGUUCCAGGUUUUGGCAGCACUGUGGGUAAACUGUUAAAACAAUGUAAUACUCUGCAAAUGAAGUUAGUCAAGAAGUAUGAUAUCCCCAACAGAUACUGGCUAGAAACACUCCCCCACUUUAAUUACUGUGCAUUGUUUACACAUACAGAAUGACGCAAUGCAUCCUCUAGGGAUACACAAAUAUAUCUUGUGAAAACUUAGUGUGUGUCUGCACGCACACUGGCAUGAGUUCAUGGGACUCUUGUGCACAGAGGCUAGAAGAAAUGCUCACACAGGUAAUCCCAUCAAAUGUCAGGACCAGGAGGAAGAUGAAGAGUUUCAGGAUAGGCCGGGCGAUGGUGGCACACUCCUUUAAUCCCAGCACUCGGGAGGCAGAGGCAGGUGGAUCUCUGUGAGUUCGAGACCAGCCUGGUCUACAGAGCUAGUUCCAGGACAGGCUCCAAACCCACAGAGAAACCCUGUCUCAAAAAAACAAACAAACAAACAAACAAAAAAAGAGUUUCAGGAUAGCCGGGGCGAUCAGCAACACCCUGCCACAUAAACAAAGAAGCACAUACAAUCCACACAUAACCCUAGAGGAUCAAUGUAUCAGGUGACUAUCAAGAGGGUGACGCCUUAGAGAUGCCACUGUGGACACAAACACACAUAUGGGGAGGGUACCAUGCCAUCGUCACGGCCUCUGAGAAGCCAAAUCUAGAGAUAGGAAGGGUGACUACUGUCUUCCCCACAGGCUGAAACACAGUUAAGGGAGUCAGCUCACUGGCCUGAUCUAACAGCCUGGUCUCCCCUCUGAGUGCGUUAGGAUGCGCCUGUCUAUUGAACAAGGGCUUUAGAGGUCAGGACACAGAUAACAGAGUGUGUGCACCUAAGGUAUCUCCAGGAUACCUGAUCUGGAACAUCUGGGGUUGGCUGAGCAACUGACAACAGGAAGGGUGGGAGAGCGGUGGGGGAGGGGUGUUCCGUAUGGCCCUGCUGAGUGAGCCGUGGAGAUGUUAUAUCCUCUUUCAAGGUAGUCUGAAGGUAGACUAGAGUUCAGAGUCUGUCACGGUACAUCUCUCCAUCUUGUCAAAGGAACUGAUCGAUGGAGCACUAGAGCUGACUCUGAAAGAAGCCACCAAUAAUGGAAGUGAUCUGAAAGGGCACAGAGGUCAGAGACACCAGGACAAGACCCAGUUAGCAAGCUAAGUUCACAGAGGUGGGAAGUAACCACUACUUAACUACCCAGUGUAGCUGGGGGGUAAUAGCAGGGGCUCAGUGUCGGGGAGAGAGGCUGCCACCACUGCUGCUUAAUACACAGGCCCAUAGCAUCAACCGAUUCAGGAGGGCCACGGUAGACAGGUUACAGUGAUAUACUCAGCCUCCUCUUUCAUUUCCAAGUAAACCCUAGGUAGCUUUGUAUAAAGGCUGCAGGAGCACUUUAGACUUGGGCUCCCAGAUGGAGAGGCUAAGGCUGGAGCAAAUGUCAGAACAUUUGUGUGUCAAGCUGGUGGCCAUGUUGCUCCUGGUGCUGUUAAUUUUUCUUCCAAGUACGUUCUGUGACAUAGGAUCUGUAUAUUACUCUUCCUAUGAAACGGUCAUCCCCAAGAGACUGCCAGUCAAGGGGAGUGAAGAUCCCGGAGGAAGGGUGUCCUACAUGCUGUUGAUGCAGGGCCGGCAGCAGCUGCUUCACCUGGAGGUAAAGGGAGACCACUCUGCCAGUAACUUCCCAGUCUACAGUUACCACAAUGGCGUCCUGGGGCAAGAAAUGCCUCUCCUCUCACAGGACUGCCACUAUGAAGGUUACAUGGAAGGGGUGCCAGGCUCCUUUGUCUCUGUCAACAUCUGCUCAGGCCUCAGGGGCAUCCUGAUCAAGGAGGAAACAUCCUACAGCAUCGAGCCUGUGCUCUCCUCCAAAGAGUUCGAACACACCCUGUACACUGUGGCACAUCAGCCUCGCGUCUCCUGCAGUGUCAUUCCCAAAGACAGCCCAGGGGACACUGGGCAGCAGCAGAGGAGCAGGAGACCCGAUGACCCACGGGAGCUGUCUGACUUGUGGUCACACACCAAGUACGUGGAGAUGUUCGUCGUGGUCAACCACCAGCGGUUCCAGAUGUGGAGCAGCAACAUCACCGAGACGGUCCGGGCAGUAGUGGACAUCAUUGCUCUGGCCAACAGCUUCACUAGGGGACUAAACACAGAGAUGGUGCUGGUGGGCGUGGAAGUCUGGUCAGAGGGGGACCUGAUAGAGGCCCCGGUGGACCUGCAGGCUACACUGAGGAAUUUCAACCGCUGGAGACAGGAGGAGCUCCUGGGCCGUGUCAGGCAUGAUGUGGCACACUUGAUCGUCGGGCAUCACCCAGGAGAGAACGAGGGCCAGGCGUUUCUCGAUGGUGCCUGUUCUGGUGGGUUUGCAGCGGCUGUGGAGGCCUUCCAUCAUGAAGAUGUCCUGCUGUUUGCGGCGCUCGUGGCCCACGAGCUGGGGCACAACCUGGGAAUCCAGCACGACCACCCAGCCUGCGCCUGUGACCCUAAGCACUUCUGCCUCAUGCACGAGGAUAUCACCAAGGACAGUGGCUUCAGCAACUGCAGCGCUGACGACUUCUACCGUUUCCUCCAUGACCACAGAGGGGCCUGCCUGCUUGACAGGCCUUGGCACCAAAGCCGCAAGCGCAGAGCUGCCCGUUGUGGAAACGGUGUGGUAGAGGAGUCAGAAGAGUGUGACUGUGGUUCUGCUUGUGACAGUAACCAAUGUUGUGAUGAAAACUGUAAAUUUAAGCAGGAUGCAGAGUGUAAUAAUGAGCUUUGCUGUUUUCAAUGUAAAUUUAAAAAGAAGGGACAGGUCUGUCGUCCUGCUGAUGGAAUUUGUGACCUGGCAGAAUACUGUAAUGGGACCUCUGCAAUAUGUCCUGAGAACAGGAUAGUGAAAGAUGGCUCUGUUUGUCAUGAAGCUUACUUCUGCUUUGAGGGUCAGUGCCUGGACCCUAGCUCUCAAUGCUCACGUAUUUUUGGGUUUGGUGCAAAAUCUGCCUCUGAUGAAUGCUACAGUUCCCUGAACAGCAGAGGGUACCGGUUUGGAAAUUGUGGGCCUUCUUCUGAGUCUCCAGGAACAUAUAUCACUUGUUCAGAGCAAAACAGUCUGUGUGGGAAACUUAUAUGUACAGACUUACAGUUCUUACCACCAAUCAAACAGAAACAUACACUGAUCCAAGUCCCUCACAAAGUGAACUGGUGCUGGAGCAUGGAUGCUCCUGGUGAUGAGACAGACAUCCCUGGCAGAGGCUAUGUGAAGAACCUGACCAACUGUGGCUCAAAUAAGGUGUGUCAGAAUUUCAGCUGUGAAGACAGCAACAUAUUCUCCACCGACCCUUCCUGCAGUAAGGAACUGUGUAAUGAACAUGGAGUUUGUAAUGAUUUAGGGCACUGUCAUUGUUCAAACGGCUUUGCACCCCCUGACUGCAGACAUAAAGGAACUGGAGGCAGUAUGGACAGCGGUCCCACUCCUGAACUAUCAGAUGAAAAUCCUUCAGAAUUUGAGAGUCAAAAUCCUGAAGAUAAAGGUAAAGAGUUGGUACUUAACUUAAAACUGAUAGUUCUUUCUGCUAUUUUGAUACUCACAAUACUCUUUAUAAUUGUAUGCAUCAUGAUUGCGUACAGCAAGUCAGAGACUCCUUAUGAAGUAGAGCCUUCAGAGUUUGAGAAGGUUCCGGAAGAGGCUGAGGAAGAGAAAGAGAAGGAAGAGGAAGAAGAGGAAGAGGAAGAAGAGGAAGAGGAGAAAGAAACAGAAGAGGAAGAGGAUAAGGGAGAGGAAUAAGUAGGGGGAACAUAAAGCCAACAGCCAAGCCUCUUGCAGCCCUGAGAAUGAGAGGCUCAGUAAAGCAAAGAUUGCGCAAACUGCCAGCUGUGAUCCCUCCCUGGGACUCCAGGGCCUACGGAUACACUUGUGAGCGAGACAGGAGGCUCUGUCUUUACUAUUUAGUUGAUGGGUGUUUCCAUAGUCAAUAUUUCAGUACUCUAGUUUUCAUGUUUCAUUUGAACUUGUCACAUAUAUCUUUGGACAUUCAGGUUCUUGUAUCUUUGGGCUAAUUCUUUUGGUCACCAGAAACUGUAUUUUAGGACAUGCUUUCUUCCACAUCGAUUGUCUGGUGCUCCUGAAUUUAUCACUAUCUCCAGGAUUUUUAUUCCAAAUAACAACUACCUAUUAUGUAAGGGCAAUUCCCGCAAGAUUCAGUGUUCUGACUUGCCCAAAAAUAUAUUCAAGGGAUGAGUCUUUAAAUAAAACUCUUAACAUUAGAUAUGCCUUUGGGUUCCAUGUAAUUAUUGAGUAUGUUCGGUUCUGUAGCUAUGUGGUAAAGGCUGUACCUCAUAAGGAAGAAGGCCUAACUUUGAAUCUUGAGUUAAGAAGUCAACAUUACAGACAUCAGCCACAUCUCCAGGACAAAGAGUGCUUGCUGUACAGUCAUUAAGUUCAGAUUCCCACACUCACCUAACAAGAGACAAGACAGGGAUCUUGCACAUGCCCAUAAUCCAAACUGGCAAGACCAGGAGGUUCACUGGGGUUUGAUGGUUUCUAGCCCAGAGAAUGCAAGCUCUAGGUUUAGGGAAAGAAUAGACCAAGAAUCAUAGAGGACACUAAACAUCUCUUCUACCCUAUAUGCAGAUGCGUAGGCACCUCCAUCUGCACAGACAUGAGCACUACACAAUAAACAAACAAUCGUAUAUUGAAGAGGAAGCAGCAGCAACCAGCACUAAGUAAGUAUUGAUGGUGCUGUUUGCCAUAUUGCCAGCUUUCUUCAGAAGGCUUAGCAAGGAGACUGAAAGUGUAAGGCCAGCCUGGGUUACUUAGCAAGACUUAUCCUAAAAACAAAAUGAAGCUGAACAGAAUUACUUUGUGCUAUGACUGUAGAAAGGACAGCCUUUCUCAUAAGUCAUCCUGCCAUGUGUUUGUAGCAUCAUGAGGAAGAAGUUCAGUAAUUGACGCAUUGAUGCUCCUAUAGGAACACACUCCUCAACAGAGUCUGGCCAUGUCCUGCCACCUUCUCCCUGCCUCUCUGGGUGCCUCGGGCCAGCCAAGACCCCAGUACUUUCCUUAGUUUCCUAAAGCCAAUUCCAGAUUCUAGAUUUGUCUUCAGACUUGAGAGGAACAAAGGGAAGUUACAGUGUGGAAGAGAUGCUGCAGUUAGUGAUGCUCUCAUGCCCAGGGGUCAUGUUGUCCUUAGGGGUCUAGGAGCAGACCUCCUCAGGCUGACCUCACAUCUUUGCUCAUCCCAUUAGUCAAGCUGAGCUCCCUUGUUUGGAGUUCAGUUGAAAAAAAUAAAAUAAGGUAACCCCAAAUUGAUACAAUUCUGUUCUUGAUGAAAACAAAGUGUUACUUUUGUUUGUUUUUGAUAUAGUGGUUCACACAUGUAGCCAAGAAACUGGCUUCCAACUACAUGGCCCAGGUUAGCCUCAACCUCAAAGUAAUCUUUCUAACUCAGCCUCUGGAGUCCUGAGAUUACAGGUGUAAGAUAUCACAUGGAGAUAAAAGUGCUACAUUUAUUUGAAAAGGAACAUGGCUUACUGUUUCUCUAGAUUUCUUCUGAAAUGGAAUUUUGUCAUUAUGAUUGAGUGGAGAACAGCUUAGUCAAGUGUUUUUUCAAAGGGGAAAAACCGUUCUUUUUCCAUCAAUAGAAAAGAAGUAAAAAUAAACUUUCACCCUGCUUUGAGAACCAGCUUCAAAAUUCCCCAUAUCCUAUCAAUCAUGGCUUCCCUGUGUGUGGGGAGAGGAGUCUUCCACUUCUCUAUCCCAUAAGCACAUGCCUGCACCAUCUAGCGUGUUAUUCUAGAAGACGUCACCACUUCUGCAGGGGAAGCACUCCAACACCAGCCUUGAUUCUGGGUCUUUGAAGUUUAUGGACAUAAUGAAAGGAUGAACUGUAAUUAGAGGCAUUUCAAAGGCUUAUUUGUUUAAUCAGAGCUACAGGCAAAAAUUGUCUUUAAAUAUGAGAACAUCUUUUUUUGUGAUUUCACUUCAUAUGAAGGCAAAUCUCAAACACUUCACUUUCCUAGAAUGGAGAAGACAGGAUUUAUAGAUUUGAUUCAGAUUAUAGCUGAACUGUUUUUAAUGUGGAUAGGUAAAAUCCAUACUUAAGGUUGUAAUAAUGUUUACCCGCAUUAAAAAAAAAAAGGAUUUUAAGCUGGGUGAUGGUGGUGCACGCCUUUAAUCCCAGCACUUGGGAGGCAGACUCGGGAGGAUCUCAGUGAGUUCAAGGCCAUCCUGGUUUACAAAGUGAGUUCUAGGACAGCCAAGGCUACACAGGGAAACACUGUCUUGAAAAAAAAGAAGGGGAAAAAAAGGAAAGAAGGAAAGAAAAGAAAGGAUUUUAAGGAUUUUAAUGUCACAAAAGUUGGGAAGACAAUGAGGGAAAAAGAAUGUGGUUUAAGAAUGCUGGAAGACAACCUCAUCUGGAGGGACAUUGCCUAGGAAGUGUGUUCAGACCAACCAUGAGCGUACCUUGUUAAGCCCGCACUGAGAAUGCACACUCUUAUAACACUGGUCUCACCUCUGUGCUCCUUGGAUUCUGGAUGCUCAUCCCUUUAUCAAAAGAUAUCUUCAUUUCUCUUGCUCACCAUGUCCUGUCUUCCCUUCUGUAUUGGCUAUAGGUCUCUGAACCCUUGUUCUGCAAAUCUCUGUGAACCAAUUUCCACAUUUUACAAAUUUUUUCCAUGUUCAUAUAAAUAUAUAUUUGAGGACCAUCUUUUAUAAAUAAGCCUAUUAUUUUUUCUAAAGUGGGCAACUCACUAAGCCUUAUAUAUCAAUGAUUUUUUUUCUUGUUUUGUUUUUUGAGACAGGGUUUCUCUAUAGCUUUGGA